AUGUUUCAAGUUAUCUUUUUUGCAAAGGCCUCUCUGAGCGCGGCACCUGGUCUUCCUAAGAACAAGAAUGUCCAGUUCAUUGAUGAAGGCCUUCGUGGACGCGUAGAGCAUAAUUUUUCACCAGAUCAAAUGAAAAGUAUCGAAAACAAAGCAGAAAAACACGAAUUCGAAACAGAAAUUUCUAAAUUGAUGAAUAUUUUAAUUGACUCACUUUAUGAGAACAAAGAUAUCUUCCUUCGUGAAGUAAUUUCAAAUGCAAAUGAUGCACUUGACAAAAUCCGUUUCCAAGCAAUCAAAGAUCAUAAAGCACUCGACCAAGGCAACAGAGAGCUCCAAAUUUUGAUUGAUGUCAAUGAAGAUGAUAGAACAAUCACAGUUACAGAUACAGGCAUUGGUAUGACAAAACGAGACUUAAUAGAGAAUCUUGGUAGGAUUGCACGUUCAGGUACAAGCGAAUUUAAGAAAAUGAUUCAAUCUGGAGAUACAUCUUUAAUUGGCCAAUUCGGUGUUGGUUUCUACUCAACAUUCCUUGUUGCCGAUAAAGUUACUGUUAUUUCCAAGCACAACGAUGAUCCAAAACAAUGGAUUUGGACAAGUGAUUCAUCAGCUCAAUAUACAAUCGCAGAAGACCCUCGUGGAGUCACUUUAGGACGUGGUACACAAAUUAUCAUGCAUAUCAAAGAGAAAGAUUACCAAUAUCUCAACAGAGAUCGCUUAAUUGCAAUUGCUCGUCAUUAUUCCAUGUUCGUCGACUUCCCUAUCAAGAUUUGGCAAUACCACGAAGAGAAAAUCUGUACAGACGAGAUCCCAGAAGCCGAAUCUUCAGAAACAACCGAAGAUGAUAUUUUUGAUAGCCAAGAUACGGUCAAAGAUGAGGAUUCUGAUGAAGAAAUCGUUACCAUUGCCACACCUGAAGACAGAGCAUCACCAAAGAAGAUCGUUUGGGAGUGGGAACAGAUUAAUAAUCGUCAACCAAUUUGGAUGCGCGAUAGGAACGAUAUUAGCGAACUUGAGUACAACGAAUUUUAUAAAGGAGCAUUCAAGGAUACUAAGAAUCCUAUGUUUAAGAUUCAUACUUGCGAGGAAGGUCGAAUUACCUUCAAUGCCUUAUUAUACAUACCAUCAACCGCACCAUCUUCCGACAAAAUGAUGCAACAUACAACACGAAACGUCAAGCUUUACGUCAAAAGAGUCCUCGUUUCCGAUGAAUGGAACGAUGAAUUACUUCCUGACUACUUACACUUCAUUAAAGGCGUUAUCGAUAGCAGCGACCUUUCUUUGAACGUUGACAGAGACCAUCUUUCAAAGGAGGGUACAUUAACUUUAAUUAAACGUCGUAUUACAAAUAAAAUCAUCUCCGAGCUACAGCAUUCAUUCCAAUUCGAACCAGGCUUAUACUUCCAAUUUUACAAGCAGUAUUCUGCAGCUCUAAAGUACGGAGUUAUACAAGAUCAGAAGAAUAAAAAUUCUCUGGCCAAACUUUUACUUUUCUACACAUCUUACUCCCCGAACUCUAUGGUAACCCUCGACGAGUACGUUAGCCGCAUGAAGACCGGCCAAGACAAGAUUUACUUCAUUGGAUCUGCCAACAGAGAAUCCGCCGCUGUUUCACCUUAUCUCGAGAGUUUGUAUUCACGCGGCAUCGAAGUAAUCUUCGCAAUCGAGCCAAUCGAUUUGUACUGCCUUGAAAGAAUGGAUACUUUCGAUGGCUACAAGUUUGAGAACCCCGAGACACAAAACGACAAAGGUUCUUUGACAAAGGACUUAAUGGCCUGCAAUUUGACUCAAAGAGAAUGGUCUGUAAUUCAAAGAUGGUUCAAAAAAGUGCUCGGAGAUAAAAUUGAAAAAGUGUCACUUUCAUCACGUCUUAAAUCUACUCCAGCAAUUUGUACAGCUACAAACUGGGGUUACACAGCUUCCCACGAGCGUCUCAUCAGAGCACAGACCGUUUAUGACCAGAAACUUACAGAUAAUUUGCAGAUGAACAAAAAGAUCCUUGAAAUGAACCCAGAACAUCCAACAAUCAUCGAAUUGUUCGAUAGAAUAAAGAACAAUGAAAAAGAUCCGCAAUUAGUUGAAGACGCCAAGUUAAUUUUCGAAACAGGUUUGUUGGCAGGCGGAUUCACAAUCGAUGGUGUACUUAACUAUACAUUGAAUGUAUUUAAGAUGCUGGGAAGAUCAAACGGAAUUGAACAGAAGGUGAAAGAAUUCGAGGAAGCAAACAAAGUUUACUACACAACAAUGGAAGACGAGUUCAAGGCAACAACUAACAUUCCUAAGAGACAGAAGCCUAAGAAGGCUGAUAAAAAGAGAGAAACAAAACCCGAAAACGUCAAUGAACCCUAA